ACUCGUAGUAUGCCAUUGCGGACCAUGUCGCGCUUACUGCUUCUUGCGGAUUUUAUUGAGUGACCUUAAUCGAGAUGAGUGAGUCUCAUUUUUUGCUGUUUCGGUUAGGUGAUGGAAGAUUUGUUGUGUUCUUUGGGGGCAGGUUAAUAAAAAUGCCGUUUUCUCCUUGAUUUUGAGCGAGAGAUUAGACAGACUCUUGAAGAUGUUAAGGCUAGUGAUCAUCCUUUUAGCGGCCAAGAUGUGAAUGCAUCCGCACUCGGGUGGACCAUGUCGGCUGUUUCGACUAGAGCGUUUCGUUUGCAUGGUAAUAGAAAGGUUCAAGGUGGGUCUUCUGAUCAUGUUCCCAUGAUGCUUCCUUUGAUAGAUAUGUGCAACCACAGCUUCUCGGCCAAUGUCAAGAUAAUUCAAGAACAGGACGGUUCUGACUCAAACACCCUUGUUAAGGUUGUUGCAGAGACUCAAGUUAAAGAAAACGAUCAGUUGCUACUCAAUUAUGGUUGCCUUAGCAACGAUUUUUUCCUUUUGGACUAUGGUUUUGUGGUUGAAUCAAACCCGUUCGACACCAUUGAGCUUAAAUACGAUGAAGGGCUCUUGGACGCUGCAAGCAUGGCGGCUGGUGUUGCUUCCCCAAAAUUCUCUUCUCCAGCUCCAUGGCAACAUCAGUUGCUUUCCCAAUUGAAUCUAGCCGGGAAAUUGCAAGACCUCAAGGUAACCAUAGGAGGUCAAGAGACAGUAGAGGGAAGACUAUUGGCAGCUAUAAGAAUACUACUUUCCGGUGAACUGGUGGAAGUAGAGAAGCAUGACUUAGAGACGCUCAAAUCUUUAUCCUCCACAGCCCCUCUUGGAGUUGCCAACGAGAUUGCCACUUUCCGAACUGUAAUCGCUCUUUGUGUGAUUGCAUUGAGCCACUUUCCGACAAAGAUAAUGGAAGACGAGGCUAUACUGAAACAAGGUGUUUCAGACACAGCAGAACUGAGUAUCAAGUACCGAAUCCAGAAGAAACCAAUGAUCAUAGAUGUCAUGAAAGACCUCACAAGAAGGGUUAAGUUACUAUCAGCUCAGGAGACACCAAGUGCUUCGUAAUGAUGAUAAGCAUCAUCUUGUAAGUUCUAUAGGCUUUGCUUGUUCCGAAACCUCAGUUUCCAAAAAAAUAAUUUGUUUAAGAUUGUUCACUUUUGAAAACAUAUAGCAAUCGAGCGUUUUCUAUGAA